AAUUUCCGUGAGAAGAGGGAAAAAAUUUGGCUAAAAAAAAAAGUUGCUACUCUUGGCAGCCCUGGUUUGUCAAAAGGGGAUGUCAAGCGCUUUACAAUACCUGGGAUUGAUGAGGCGGGCGGGCCAAUGAGCUGCGCGCGGCGCCUCGGCGCGCCCUCCGUUGGCGCGGCGGCUGCGGGCGGGGGGAGUGCGGACGCACCAAUGGGCGCCAGCGUCGGCGGCACGUGACACCUCCCCCCUGCUCCCAUUCAUCAAGGGGGGGACGGUGUCGUCCUUUCAAUUCAUUUAUCUGCAGGAAUGAUUGCUGCUAUCAGUCUCGCGCUCACCGCCCGGCUGAGGAGGUGAAAGUUUCUCCCCAGGAAGAUAAACCGCAAAAGACAAUAUUGUGCAUGAUUUGCGCCUUUUCUUUGGCUUUUUCUUUCUUUCUUCUCCCCCCACCCACUUUUUUUUUUUUUUUUUUUUUUUUUUUUUGCAAAAAGCAGAGAGGGAAAAAAGGAGAGUGAAGGAGCGAGGAGGCGAGCGUGAGAGAAAGGAGAGAGAGAAAAGAAAGGGCGAGGGGCUAGUGGAGAAGUGAGGAGGGGCGCGCGGCGCGAGGCGGAGAGAGGGCGAAGCAGUCGCGGCUCUGGCGCUCACAUUCCUCUAUGCUACAAAUCCAGGAGGAAGUUUUUUUGGGGGGCUGAGAUGCUCCAUGCUUUUCCCCGGGCAGCCUUGACGCGCGGCCCUGUCGGCAGAGACUGAGCGGCGAGAAAGUGCGAGCCGGGCCGGCAGGAUCUGCCUGGCGGGCACUGGAGCCUGCCUCACUCGCGGCCCGCAGCCGUCCGGCUACUUUGCGUUUGGCCCGGCCAGCGCCGGGGCGCGCCGCGCCGUUGCCUGCAGGCUAGGACUUCGCGAGGUGGGUCGACUCCCCCUCCCUCCUCCUCUUCUUCCUCCUCUUCCUCCUCCUCUUGUUCCUCCUCCUCCUCCUCCCGAUUUUCCCUCCUCGGCUGGCGAGGGUGGGGGGGGCGGGGGAGGCCGGGGCUCGCCCCGAGCAGCCACGAUGCUCCUGGACGCCGGCCCCCAGUACCCAGCGAUCGGCGUGACCACCUUUGGCGCGUCCCGCCACCACUCCGCGGGCGACGUGGCCGAACGAGACGUGGGCCUGGGCAUCAACCCGUUCGCCGACGGCAUGGGCGCCUUCAAGCUCAACCCCAGUUCGCACGAGCUGGCUUCGGCCGGCCAGACGGCCUUCACGUCGCAGGCACCAGGCUACGCGGCUGCUGCGGCCCUGGGCCAUCACCAUCACCCGGGCCACGUCGGCUCCUAUUCCAGCGCAGCCUUCAACUCCACGCGGGACUUUCUGUUCCGCAACCGGGGUUUUGGCGACGCGGCGGCGGCAGCCAGCGCACAGCACAGCCUCUUUGCUGCAUCGGCCGGGGGCUUUGGGGGCCCACACGGCCACACGGACGCCGCGGGCCACCUCCUCUUCCCCGGGCUUCACGAGCAGGCUGCCGGCCACGCGUCGCCUAACGUGGUCAACGGGCAGAUGAGGCUCGGCUUCUCGGGGGACAUGUACCCGCGACCGGAGCAGUACGGCCAGGUGACCAGCCCGCGUUCCGAGCACUAUGCUGCGCCGCAGCUGCACGGCUACGGGCCCAUGAACGUGAACAUGGCCGCGCAUCACGGAGCCGGCGCCUUCUUCCGCUACAUGCGCCAACCCAUCAAGCAAGAGCUCAUCUGCAAGUGGAUCGAGCCCGAGCAGCUGGCCAACCCCAAAAAGUCGUGCAACAAAACUUUCAGCACCAUGCACGAGCUAGUCACGCACGUCACCGUGGAGCACGUAGGUGGCCCGGAGCAGAGUAAUCACAUCUGCUUCUGGGAGGAGUGUCCGCGCGAGGGCAAGCCCUUCAAAGCCAAAUACAAACUGGUUAACCACAUCCGCGUGCACACGGGCGAGAAGCCCUUUCCCUGCCCCUUCCCUGGCUGUGGCAAGGUCUUCGCGCGCUCCGAGAACUUAAAGAUCCACAAAAGGACGCACACAGGGGAGAAGCCCUUCAAGUGCGAGUUUGAGGGCUGUGACCGGCGCUUCGCUAACAGCAGCGACCGCAAGAAGCACAUGCACGUGCACACGAGCGACAAGCCCUAUCUUUGCAAGAUGUGCGACAAGUCCUACACGCAUCCCAGUUCACUGCGCAAACACAUGAAGGUCCACGAAUCCUCCUCGCAGGGCUCGCAGCCUUCGCCGGCCGCCAGCUCGGGCUACGAAUCCUCCACGCCUCCCACCAUCGUGUCUCCCUCCACAGACAACCCGACCACCAGCUCCUUAUCGCCCUCCUCCUCCGCAGUCCACCACACAGCCGGCCACAGCGCGCUCUCUUCCAAUUUUAACGAAUGGUACGUUUAAAAUCAGAAACAAAACAUCGAACAAAACCCUAUUUAAAAGACUGAUCACACACGUAUACACAACAUUACUGAAAGAACCCUGCGAAUCAAAACAACCCCCUACACAGACCCCGCAAUCCUUUUUAAAAAAUCUGCCAAUAAACCCAGGACGAGUAAGAGAGGAAGCAUCAACCUUUAAAAAAUUUCCUUUCGCUUUCAUUAUUUUUCUUUUUUUGGCAAAGGCUUGGUACCCAAGGUGCGGUAGGGGGUCGAGGGGCAGGAGGCCACCUGACCAAAUGCCGCCAACCCCGAGGGCCAGUUUCUUGUCGGAUCGGUACGGGCUCUCUGGGGCUUCGGCUUCUUUUUUUCUUUGUUUUCUUGUAAAUACAGAAUUAUUAGCUUAAAACUGUACUGUUGAAUUCUGUAAAUAGUUAUAUCUCGGUUGGAGCGGGUGGGUGGGAUUGUGGCGUUGUGGUCUUUGCAUUGGGGGAGGGGGGAGGGGCCGGAUGGGUGGGGGGAGGGGGAGGGGUGGGCGGCCGAAAGCCAACUGUUUGUACUGAAUGGCAAGAAUGUUCUAGUAAAUGUGUACCAAAAUGUGAAUUACUUUGUACGAUUACAGUCUCCACGUCGACCUAACCCAAUAUUAUUGGUAUUAAUGUGCUUUUUUUGUAUAAAGUGCAAACAUUUCGUCCCAAAGUCUAAGUACUUUAGUGCGGUAAAAUGUUGUUUCACGUCCUGUCAAGAAUUCGUAUAGUACGAGCCUGGAUCUGCGUGUCAAACUGUUCCAUUUGUUUAUGUAAAGUGAUAUUAAAAAAGAUAUAAACUAUAACUGUCCGUUACUUUUGGCAAAAGAUACAACCACAUAAUGUAUAUAAUUCCUAGUUUCCAUAUUUAUCCGCAUGUAAAGGGCCGGUUUAUCCAUGUUACAGCUCUUCAAUAUUUAUGGCUAGAAGAACUCGUAUGUACACUUUAGUUUCCAGAACUGUUUGGUAACCUUUCGUACCUUAUUAAAGAUUCUUAAAUCUCAGUGA